AUGCAUGAGGAAUUCGCUCUAGUGGGAGACAGGUGUGCAUUCUGUCGUGAACGGUUUCCUGUAGAUUCGCGGUCUCCUGAAGACUAUAUGCUAGACUUUGACGGCUGGGCAACAAAUGUACGCGUUGUAAUUCGCACAAGCAAUGAUAAUAAUCAUAAUGAAAAAUUCGCAAUCUCCGACAUUUUCCACAUUUCAGCCCUUUACGCGUAUGUAUGUCCGGACACCAAGCUCGCGAGGCUGAGGUUUUGGCGUCGACGCCGUCGAGGAAUUAAAUUGAUUCGCAAACCUGGAUCUGGCAUGAAUGGGGACACUGGACCACUUGCUUUUGGCUUCCAUAAUUGGUGCUGUGAAGUUCUGGCUUGGAAAAUGAAAGGUGUUAGUGCGAAUUUUAUCUACAAAUUAGCACGAGCACUCACCCCAGACACGUCGUUAUGGCAAGAGACUCCUGAAACAAGUCACUGCCUUGACUGGAAUAAGAAAGUUGAUAUUGUGGCUUCUCAUGAGGUCCAGCCGCUUGGUCUGUCCAAUCUACCUAUAGAGCUCCGAGUGAAGGUCUGGCGGCAUGUCGGGUUGAUGUCGCCUUACAGCGCUUUUAUUACUGUCAUUAGCGAAACUUGUCGGCUCGCUCACCGUCUGCGUGGCCCAUCGAAUACUCUCGUGCAUUGGAAACAAGGAUCACGCUUGUCUGCCCAAGUGAUAUCAGUUUUUGGUACAGAAUAUAUUCAAAGCCUGACAGUCGAUCAAGGUUGUGGAUAUACUCCCUAUGAGCCUUCAGGAACAACGUAUUUGAGGUAUAUUCAGAGUUGUGGAGGUAUCUGCGCCAUUCAACUGGUUUGCAAUUCCCGGAACAGUGGCUGGAUUGGUAAAAUCCCCACUGGAAAUUGCAUUUGGUAUGGCCAUGUCGUAGGAGAGGGCAGCACUUUGAAAUUUGAGAGCAAUGACCUCCAUAGCAUAAAUAUCUCACUGGCAGAUGCAAAUGACAGCGAUACUGUGCUGUGGGAUCAACAGGACCCCUCAUUGUCCCUCGUUGACAAGAGACCUCUGUCUUUCAUUUUUGAUCAAGAAACUGGGCAUCCUUUAAGAAUCGACCAAGGGAAGUUUUUCAGAUAUCUGUCAUUCUAUAACAAAAAUCAAUAUGCGAGAGCCAUCACAGUCUACAUCAGUGCUUAUAAGAAGAUAGUUGGGGCGGAAGCUCACUUCGCAACCACUUCCCGGGUGAGUGGGAAACGAAGUGGGUGUGCACUACAUUUUCCUUUCUACCCUGGUGAAAAGAUAGCCUUCAUCUGGAUCCGUCUUCUCAGUAGUAGUAUCCAUAUAUAUCAUCGCGAAUACUUCGACAUGUUGUCAGCUAUAAUGAUUCAAACAACGAUGGGAAGAUUGCAUACCUUUGGACCGCACAUCUCACCAGACGGAACCUUCAAAUACCUUCCCGGGCUGUCAAAAUGGAACCUUCUGCAUCACACUGGAUCUAUCACAGGAGUGUAUUACCGAAAUGUGUCAGCGGGGGACAAAAUUCUGUGCCUUGGAGUUACCAGUUCAGACGAGUAUCCAAGCGCAACACCUCUUGGACUUCAAAAAGAUCAUUUUCCAAUAAGUUCUUGGCGCCAUCUUGUGCCUGGGCGUUUAGAAAACAAGGACAUGUUCAUAUCGAUCGCUACACUACGGGGAGUACAAGAAGUGAAGACAUGCCACAUUGAGAAUCGUUCCAUUGGCUUGUGGCUACAAUAUGACGAUGACCGCGCGAAUGUCUUCGGGCAGGGGCGAACAACACCAGAUACUAGACAUACCUGCGUCUACGACAACACAUACCCGCCCAUUACCCAGGUUCAUUUUGAGGUUUUCAAGAGCAAGUCUUCUAAAUACCAGGUUGUCACCAAUGUGUUCUUCUCCUUAGACGCAGUGGAGGAGAUACCAGACUCUGAAAUGACAUACAAGGCUUUUGGGAUUGAUGAUGAAAUUCUGUGGUUUUUCGACAACGACUUUGAUCAAGUCACAUGCUUGACUGGAGAUAUGAAGUACAUUCCAAUCGCCAGAUAG